AUGAAGUCCUCGAUCCUCGCCCUUCUUGGUGGCGCGGCCACUGCUCUCGCUGCUGUCCGCGGGUUCAACUAUGCUUCCCAGGGCCAAGACUACGAUGGCUUCCUCAGCCAGUUUAAGACGGCUGCCAGCCUGGCUGGUGCCGACGACUUCACCAGCGCAAGACUAUACACCAUGAUCCAAGAAGGCACAACCAACACUCCCAUCUCUGCCAUCAAGGCCGCCAUUGACUCCAAGACCACCCUGCUUCUUGGCCUCUGGGCAUCUGAGGACGAGGCUACCUUCGAGAACGAAAUUACUGCUCUCAAGUCUGCCAUCAGCACCUAUGGUUCGGACUUCGCCGACCUGGUGGUCGGUAUCUCGGUCGGUAGUGAGGAUCUCUACCGUAUUUCUCCUAUCGGCAUUGCCGCCGGCAGUGGUGUUGGUCAGACGCCUGAUGUCCUGGUCAAAUACAUUGGCAAGGUUCGCGACGCUAUCAAAGGCACGGCUCUGAGCAGCACUCCCGUCGGCCAUGUCGACACCUGGAACGUCUAUGUCAACGAGACCAAUGCUGAGGUCAUCUCCAACUGCGACUUCUUGGGCUUGGACGAGUACCCCUACUACCAAACUACCGAUGAGAAUUCCAUCGACAACGCUGGCAACCUGUUCUUCGAAGCAUAUGACAAGGUGGCUGCUGUUGCUGGAGGCAAGCCCAUCUGGGUUACCGAGGCUGGUUGGCCCACCUCUGGUCCCAAGUCCAACCUGGCCGAGGCCAGCGUCGAGAAUGCUGAGACCUUCUGGCAGACUGUUGCAUGCGAGCUGGAGCACCGCGGAGUUGACUUCUGGUGGUACAUUCUUGCUGAUGCUGGCGCCUCGCCUUCAUUCGGUGUGAGCGAGAACGGCAAGCCUCUUUACAACCUCGCUUGCAAUGCCACCUCUGGCUUCAAGAACUCUACCUCCAGCUCCACUACUUCCGCUAGCGGUAACUCUACUGCCACUUCCACUGCCUCUGGCUCGCAUACCUCGCACGCCUCUACCAACGGCACCGUGACAACCAAGAGUGGCUCGGGGUCUGCCACCGGCACGGGCUCUGGCAGCACCAGCACCGUCAUUGAGACCGCUUCUGCAGGCGGCUCUGGUUCCGGUUCCGGUUCUGGAUCUUCCUCUGGCUCCGGCUCCGGCUCAGGCAGCAAGGCAUCCGCUGGUACUGGCGCCAGUGCGACUUCUACUGGAGCAACCGCUCCCUACACCGGUGCGGCUUCCAAGCUCGAAGGGUCCAUUGCAGGCCUCGCGGUCGUUGCUGGUGUGGCUGCUUUUGCUCUGUAA